AUGAAUCUUACUCUGGUUGUGGUAGAGGUUUGCAUUUUCUUGAAGGAUUACUUGGAUUCAGUGGAAUGUAUACAACACUUGGCAUCGCUAGAAGACCCACUAGCACAAAAUGUUGAACUGGAAAUCAUGGAUGAAGAAUAUGCACAAGGCUUAUCAACACCUCCGGAAGAGGAAGGCGAUGAUGAUGAAGACGAAGAAGAAGAUGAAGAAUAUGAUUUCACAUCAAUUGCGGAGUCCUUUGGUCGGGUGGUUGUUCCAUUUGUGGUGGAUCAAUUAGUUGUGAACCCCUCCUUUGGUAAAGUUGGCAUUCUAACAUCUGCAUUAUCGAGUAUCUCUGGCGAGCCUUUGGUGGAAGUUAAUGGAAAAAUCACAAUAAUUGGAAUAUCAGAAGUAGAUAUUGAUUGGGCUCGAUUUGAUUCACAAAGAUAUCCUCAGGAUGAGAAUUCAUCAUGGGAUGAUGAUGGGGACGACAACGAUGAAGAUGAUGGGGAAGAUGAUAUUUCUGAUACCAUUCCUGCUGGGGCUAACAACGUAGGGUUGGAGGAUGGCGAGAUUAGAUCCAACAAUGUUAAAGUGGUUAAGGAAUCAAACUUGGAGGACUCAACAUCAAAUACAUCCAACAAAUCCCGAUCCCCAGAGGUGAGGUUGUUAUCGGUGGACAUAGUAACGCAACAUUCGUUCUUCUCUAUUGGACAAUCUCUCUUGAAAUGUCCUACUCCACCACAUAAGUGA